GUGCUCAGAGAUGGUACGGUCUGUUGCCGCUGUGUUUCUCUCCUUCCUGAAAGACACUUGCAUUGGAUUGAAGCCGCUGAUGUUGCUGUGAGGACCUGUUAAAUACAACACAAGGUGAAAUCCCAAGUUUCCUGAAGAUCUUGUUCAUCAAGUCACACAUGGAAGUGAAACUCCACUAAAGAUUAAACCAUAUAUACUCAGUUACACAGCCUUGCCCUCUUAGAUGCCGCUCAGUCUCAGUUUUUGCAAAUGGCUUGCUGUCUGAAGGACGAGCUCCUCUGUUCCAUCUGCCUAAGCAUCUACCAGGACCCUGUUAGCUUUGGUUGUGAGCACUACUUCUGCAGAAAGUGCAUUACUGAGCACUGGAGCAGACAGGAGCCUCACGGACCAAGGGACUGUCCAGAGUGCCGAAGGACCUUCACUGACCCCCUCCUCUCACCCAGUCUCAAGUUGUCCAACAUAGUGGAGCGCUACUCAGCUUUCCCGCUUGACGCCAUCCUCAACGCACAAAGGAGCUCCUAUCCCUGCAAGGACCACGAAAAGGUCAAGCUCUUCUGCCUGACUGACAAAAGUCUGGUGUGCUUCUUCUGCGACGAACCAGCACUACACGAACAGCACCAAGUGACCACGAUUGACGAGGCUUUUGAGGAGAUACAGAGGGAGAUGAAGGAGCAGCUGGCCACCCUGCAGGACAGUGAGAAGGGACACACUGAGGCCCUGCAGCUCCUGCAGAGACAACUCACUGAAACCAAGUCCUCAGCCAAAAGUCUCCGUGCAACUAUUGGUGAUGCAUUUGAGCGCCUUCACCGUUUCCUGCGUGAGCGUCAGAAGAGCAUGCUGGAGGAGCUGGAGAUGGAUACGGCCCGCAAACUUGCCGACAUCGAGCACAAGAUCCAGCGUUACAGUCAGCAGCUGCGAGACGUCAAGGAGGGAAUCCAGAUCCUGCAGGAGCGCCUCAACGAGACAGGACGACACGAUUUCCUGGAGGGAGUAGCUGUCACAUCUGAGAGGAUUAAAGGGAAGAUACAUGAAACCAACCUGACAUAUGAAGACUUCCCGACAUCCAAGUACAUGGGGCCCUUACAGUACACAAUAUGGAAAUCACUUUUCCAGGAUAUUUCACCAGUGCCAGCAGCUUUGACCCUCGACCCCAUCACAGCCCACCAAAGACUGAUCCUCUCAGACGACUGCACCAUAGUGGCUUAUGGGAAUCUCCAUCCACAGCCGCUUCAGGACUCCCCACGCCGCUUUGAUGUGGAAGUAUCUGUGCUCGGGGCCGAGGGUUUUAUGUCAGGAGUCCAUUACUGGGAGGUGAUGGUGUCGGAGAAGACCCAGUGGAUGAUCGGUGUGGCAAACGAGACAGUCAGCCGCAAGGGCAGCAUCCAGAUCCAGCCCAGCCGUGGAUUCUACUGCAUCGUUAUGCACGACGGGAACCAGUACAGUGCCUGCACCGAGCCCUGGACCCGUCUAAAUGUCAAGAGCAAGCUGGAGAAGGUGGGGGUGUACCUGGACUACCCCAAAGGUCUGCUCAUCUUCUACAAUGCAGACGACAUGUCCUGGCUUUACACCUACCGGGAGAAAUUCCCCACUAAGGUCUUCCCUUACUUCAGCCCCGGCCAGAGUCACGCUAACGGCAAAAACGUGCAGCCGCUUCGAAUCAACACCGUACGCCUUUAAGAGCUGAGCACACACACACACACAUCUAUGGCCAUGAUUGUCCUGAAUCAUCAUAGGUGAAUUCACAGGACUUCAAAAUGUUCAAGGAACCAGUUAAAAAAUGUUUAAUAGGGUGUUUGAGAUGUUUAUUUCUUUCAGUUCUAUUUGGUGUUCAGAAUUGUGCUUGAUGUUUGUUCUUAAAUUUGCGCUGUUAUUUUUUGUGAUUUGAGAAACCAUAGGGUAACGGCUUGUAUUUGAGCCUCAUUCCACAUCUUGAACUGAAAAGAUGACACUAAAAGGAGACAGAGGGACCCCUGGGUUCUUCUGCGGUCUGUAGCAGUGAUGUUUAAGGAAAAAACAAAAACAAAACAAAAAAAAAAACGCAAUUCCCUCUCUGAAAGUGACUGUCCCGGGCCCACCUUGCACACUCCCAGGGGGCACCACUCUCCUUAUCGAGCUGAAGGCCUGUCAGACUUGAUGUCCCCUCUCUGUCCAGUCAAGCUGACACCGAACACUGGUCACUUGUCGUCUCUGUGCUGUAUAGUUGGCUUAGCUUUGUUUGUGGAAUGUGAUUGACAGCACUCGGCUCCUUCUUUGGCUUGUGUUUGGCCACAUUUCCAGCGAACCACCCUGAACCUGUCAGGUCUGUUGGCACUUUUUACUUCUGUCUGAGGCCAUGAUCUUGGCUCCUCCUGCAGCUCACAUCCUCAUCUGUUUGUUCAAAGUCUUCUUCAUUGUAAGGAAAGCUUUUGUUCUGUGUGCACCAGCGAUCAUUCAUAUCACCUAAAUCCAGUAAAAGUAAGUAUAGGCUGUGUAUGGUUGGAAAGUCUGUUUGGAGGAGGAGAUCGUCCAGAAAUAUGCUGCUAUAGGUGGAGUAAGGACCUGCAUGUUUGUAUAUAGAAUGUCAUGGGUGUAAUAGAUGAAAUCUCCAGUCAUGCUAGAUCAUAAACAAGUCUCCACUUUUUUAUCUGAAGCCACACAUGUACUGCCCUUCAGCUUUUUAUUGUCCACCUCUCACUUAAAAUUCAGUUUCUCCAGCUCCAGGAAACAGAUACUUUUAGUUAUAAAUCAAACUUCUUAGAUGUAACCAUCUGAAAAAGCAAAAAAAAAAAAAACAGUUAUGGAGCUCAAUUUCUUUUUCCUAUUUAAAAUCAUAUCUUUCAUGUAAAUGAAGUCAGGCUGUAUGUUUGGGAAAUGGCAAUAACCAAGAAAAAGGGUGAUGAAUGGAUUUCAGCACAGUUGCUUUUUUUUGCUUCUGGCAUUUCCAAGACUGUUGCUGGGUUACAUAAUGAAAAAAAUUACUGAUAAUUCCUCUGAGGCUCAGUCAUGUUUAUUUCUUUGCCCCACGUGCCUCAAAUGCUCUUUUUUGUAUCAUUAGUUGUACAUGGGCCCUGCAGAUUCUGCUCUAAGAGGCUCCUGUCCUUCAGCCAAGUCCAGCUGAGGCGAGCGUGUCCAUCCAUGUACGUGGAUAUGUUCGUCCAACACGGUUUAACUAUCAUUUUUCAGUCCCGUUUGAUAAAGCUCUUGGGACAGUCCACACAUUCCCAUGCAGUGGCCAAAAGUGUUUUUUCAGAAUACUUUGGAUCAGGUGUUAAUCCACAGUGUUUUUUUUCCUUAAAAUAAAAAGCAAAAAAAUUCACCUUACCUUUCUUUUGCCACUGUACAUCUUUACAUUUGUGUGUGUUGUCUGUGUUGUUCAUUGAAAAGGAAUUUGGGGCAGUGCCCUUGUUUUUGUUGUGAUUCCAGUGUGUGCUCUGUGAUGCAAACAGGGUUCUAAUUACAGACAUUUGCAAAUGACUGUUGGUGUUUGUUUUAAGGUGCACAGAUUUGCAGCAGCCUGUUUCACAAAGCAGGUCUAAAAGUCAUCUGAAAGCCUCAGAGCAGCUGUUUGUUGCUGUUUUAUGGUAUAGCCCGCUUUAUGAAACAGGAUUUUUAUAAACAUGUGUGAAGAUAAUAAGCACCAGAAGAUGUCGACAAUCAGGACAGUAUUCAUUUAGUUUUUUUCUCAUUUACUGAUGUAAAUUAUUCACAAGGAGUAAAACCUAAACAGCUGCUGCUUCUUACAGGUUAAAACAAAUUCUCCAAUCGGACUCUGUUUGCUGAUGUGCAGGCCUCAGAGGGUCUGAUGCAUCCACUUAGUGCUCAGAUACUAAGAAGAAUGAGAUUAUUGCGAGAUGGUGCAGGGUUAGUGGUAGUGAUGAGGAUCUUGGUUAAAAAUGAUUAUAAUGACAAAAACUAUGACACUUUUAAUGACUAUAAUGAUGAUUGUGUCUUUUGAUGAUGGCCGCUGUGCACCCAUCAUUGUGUGAACACACUCUAGUGUGCUUUUGCUGCUGGAGGUUUGUGGGAAAUGUUUUAAUGUACAAUAAAUUACUGAUAAAAUCCAA